AUGGCUCAUUUAAGGCUAAAACGUACAAAGCCUUCCAAACUUGGCUUUUCCGUACUGCUACAACAAGCAGUCGGUGCUCCCAAAGGUUCCAUCGCGGUCACUGGUAUUGGCAGUGCAGCAGCAAACAGCGCCAAAGGUCGACGUCGUCGCGAUGUUCAAUGCGACAAAACAGAUACUCCAGGUGUUGCUAUUAUCUUUGAUAUCCUACUGGAUUAUCCACAAAAUUUAGCAUGCCAAUCGUUGACCUGCCAAGUCAAUCUAUUCACUGGUAUCCAGGAGAAAUUCAAUGCUGUGACCGAUGUUAGUAUCCCAUCGGAUGAUGGAACUCCGUUACCUAUACAGCUAUGUCACGUCGAAUCCCAUACUGAUGGCACAAAUAACAAUGCUCAGAGUUCCAGUGGCGUUGUUAUCCAGUCUUGUACAAUCGCUUGUCAAAAUGGUGGUCAAUGCACAGGUCCCACAACUUGUGGAUGUACUACAGGAUGGGCGGGCGACACGUGCGAAACUGCUGUAUGCACAAGUGGCUGCCAAAAUGGUGGUACAUGUACAGCUCCUGAUACAUGCAUAUGCGCAACCGGUUGGAGUGGUGCAUCGUGUACAAUUGGUUAG